AUAAAAUAAAUGGUAUUUAAUUUAUAAUUAGUAAAUUAGUUAUAAAUAUUACAAUGGAAAAUCGACCAGAUGGUUUAGUAAAACCAUGUUUUUCUAUUUCUAAUCGAAUUAAUAAAUUUUUAGAAUUAGGAUCUGAAAAUGAAAAGGAUACAAUAGAAGCAUUAAGAGAAUUAUCUACUUUUUAUAAAGAGAACACUACAAAUGAUCGACAUAACCUUCGAAGUAAAAUAGAAAAAAGAAAUUUAUCAAUUAAUGAAGAAAUUUUAACUGCUUUCAAAGAUGUCAAAAGUAUUCUAGAUAAUAUGCAUAAAGAUGUUGUUGGAAUGAGUGAAUGUGUACAAAGUAUGACAAAUAGACUGCAAACUACUAAGUCUCAAACUACACAACUUAUUGAACAAGCAUCAAAAUUGCAAUAUGAAAAAAAUAAAUUAAUAAUGCAGCAAGAAAUAGUAUCUGCUUUUAUAAGAACCUUUCAAUUGACUGGUGACGAAUUAGUAAUUUUACAUGGUAGUUCAAGAAAGACACCAAUAAAUGAUGAUUUCUUUACAGUUAUUGAUCGAGUACAGGUCAUUCAUAGUAAAUGUCGAAUUCUAAUGCAAUCGGGUCAUCAGACUUUAGCUUUGGAUAUAAUGCAACGAAUGACCAUACUUCAAGAAGCAGGACUUGAAAGACUCUAUCGUUGGACACAGACUCAUUGUAGACAUAUUGAAAAUGAUAAAUUAGUUUCUCUUUUAACUAAAGCAAUGAACAAACUGCAAGAGAGACCUAUACUUUUUAAGUAUGUAAUUGAUGAAUACUGUACUUCAAGAAGAUCAGUGCUUGUUAGUUCGUUUAUUGAUGUUUUGACUCUUGGAAAAGGAUACAGUAAUGAUUCUAAUCCAAUCGAAAUGCAUGCUCAUGAUCCAAAACGUUAUGUAGGUGAUAUUCUUGCUUGGUUGCAUCAAGCCAUUUCAUUGGAAAAAGAGAAUUUCCUAAUUUUAUUAAGUCAUUGCAACAAAUCAGCCAUAUCUGAACAAAUAUCAGAAUCAUUAAGUAAUAUAACAGAAGGAUUAUGUCAUCCAUUAAAAUCAAGAAUUGAACAUAUCGUAGCUGUUGAGGCACCUUCAACAGUUUUAUAUUCUGUAACAAUGUUAAUAAGAUUUUAUCAACUUACCCUUAAGACUGUUAUUCAAAAUAGUGUACUUGAUAUGAUGUUUGGAGAUUUAAUAGAAUUAAGUGAAAAAAGUUUUAUUAGUAGAUUACAAAGAGAAACAAGAAUGGCACUUGGAGAAAGGGCUGAAUCACCAAGUACAGAUUUGAUACCAGUACCUUCGGUGUCAAGACUAUUGUCACUUCUUAAUGAAAUUUUAUCAGUUGCUAGUAUUGCUGAAGAUAGAAAAAAAGAUACUUUACAAAUUGUGUCUUGUAUUAUUGAUCCACUUUUACAAGAAGUAAAUGUAACAGCUUCUAGACUUCCAACUGUAGAUAUGGCUGUAUAUCUUUUAAACUGUAUGCAUCAAAUUCACUCUACUCUGGCACUAUAUGAAUACAUGGAUCAAAGAUUAGAAAGGUUACAGGCACAAUCUGAUGCUCAAAUUGAUACUCUGACUUCAGAACAAGCAAGUUCCUUAGUUGCACAUUUAAAUCUUGGUGCAAUAUAUAAUAUAUUAUUGCAAAGUCACGAUCAAAGACCUUUAUCUUCAAUUCCAGGAAUGGAUGCACUAAGCAUUAAAGAAUUUACUAAUAAACUAGAGACGUUUCUUGUUAUGCCAGAUAUUUUGUUACUGCCACAAAUAUCAUUACUCCAAAGUAGCAAUCAUCGAAUCAAUGUACAACGUAGAGCUUUUGAAGUUAUUGGUGCAAUUUACAAACAGUUGUAUGAAGCUUGUCAUGAGUCAAAAAAUCGGUAUCAAAAUCCAGAUAGUCUAUUUUCUUUUACACCAGAAGCACUUUUAAAAAUGCUUUUUACUCACUAA